AUGGGAGAAAACAAUCCGUUCAGGGACACUCUUUACAAAAUCUACACAAAGAAGAUGAAACGACCGAAGCCAAAAGAACCUGGUGAAGAAUCGGAUUCGGAAGAGGAAUCGGAUUUGGAAGAAGAAGGCUCCGAUGAAGAUUUUGAAGAAGAAGAGACACCCGAAGUAUGUCCCAGUGGAUGCGAGGAGUCCCUGUAUGCAAGCGUGCUUGCUCUACGUGAAAGACGUCUUGACGUCGACGAAGCCCUCGUGGAGAACGUGAAACUUCUAGACAGCAUGCAAAGAGAGAAAGAGACGAAGUUGAAGAAGAAAAAAGGAAUAGACGUUGCUCUCGAGACAAUCAAACGCGAGCUAGGGGAGUUUCAGAAACAGAAGCAGACUGCCUUGAAUCAGAUCGACGUCGCAGUCACACUUUACAUGCAUCAAGUCGAGUACAUCGAAAAUGCCGCGAUUCCCAAAGACCUGUCCGGUGGCCUCGUCUUUACAAACGCCUCGUUGAAGCAACUGAGAGCGACGAUUGAGAGGCACGUAGCCGAGAAGGCGGCACUGAGGAGAUUGCAAAAGGACCUGCGAAAGGAGUACGCGGCACUGGUCCGUGAACGAAAAGCUGAGGAAGAAAACACUACCGAUACGGAGCAAAGAGUCAUUGACGUGCAAAUGCUCAGAUUUGGACAGGUGAUUGACCUCUCCGUUGUGGAGCUUAUACGUGUCAGGAGGGACACUUUAGAGCUUAAGGAUAGAGUCAAGCAGCAAGAAGCAGAGUACAGUGCCGAGCUUGGCGAGUUGAGCCGCAAUUUGGACGAUGCCACUGACGAGCUUGCACGUGCUAUGCGAGAAAACUCAGCCUCGCUGUACACAAUAGCUGAUCUUCAGGAGAAACGCAAUGCCAUUGAAGCGAGCAUGAAAAUCAAAGCGAGAGCCACAUUCCGAGAUCCGCUGAUCGAAAAGCGUCGAGACGCAGCAGAGCAAGAGCGAUUGCGCCAGAUUGUUGUCCGGAACGCUCAAGUCAUGGACAGCCUCGAAGGCCAAUUAAACUACGCCCACGACAACUUCGAAUCAAUCUUCCCAUAGCAAACGAGCUCGGCUU